GAAUCAAAUGUUUAACUCUAGGGGAGUUGGAAAAUGAGAAUAUUAAAAAAAGUGGUGUCCCUUUAGACCAUACAUCAGUGGAACGCUUAUUUAUUCAGCUUUUAAGAUGUUCUAUUAAUCUCAAUAAAAGAAUACCCUUAUCAUGACUGGUUUUGUGGUCCAGUCACAUGAUGGGACGGUUUCCAAGUUAAUGAUCUUCAUAAUCUUGUAAAAAUGUUUCAGUUGUUUUUUACUAUUUGUUGUUUUUACUAUCUUGCACUUUUUUGCACAUUUAUCAUUAGCUUUUUGCUACAGUACAGCACAAGGAGUAAAGAACCAAAAUGUUGGGUAGUUGAUUGUAUCAUAACUUUACUGCCCUCUUGUGGGGAGUCAAAUGACUUUAUGAGUUUAUUUAUUUUGCAAGCACUGUAUGGAGAACAUCACUGCUUUUAAUACUAUAUGUGCAAUUGUGAGCAAAAUCCAUAGUAAAUAAAGGAAAACAAUAUUUUAUCUAUGGAAAUAGGAGCACAAUCAGUUUCUUCCAUCUCUUUUUGCAUUGGGGCUACAUAUAUUUUUUUGUCAUGUCACAUUUUUUUCUGUUAUUUAAAAUGUAUAUACAGUUAUAAAUCCUCAAAAAAAAUGAUGAUCAGUAUUGUAUGAAACGUUUUUUUUAAUUUAUUUUCAUUAAUAAAACAUGACAGCUCUAACAAUACAGGCACUGCACUUAAGGCAAAUUAUUCAAUAUAUAUACGGCAAUAUGUAGAAUAGAAGAGAAACAGAAGUGAGAGUUGCCACACCUGACACGCCUACUUUAGCUUGAGGAACUUAUGUGAUUGAGAUUUCCUGACCUGCUUUACUUCUUUAUAUACCGAAUCCUUUUUGUCUUGUGGCUUUUUCAAACUCUUGCUGUCUUCGACUCUAACUCUCUCUUUAUACACGGAGGAUCAUGGGAAACUUUGCUGCGAACGAAGGACUAUCUAUUUUUGUUAUUUUGGUGUGGCUCGGCAUCAAUGCAUUUCUCUUUGUGCAUUUUUAUAUGGCAUUUUUGGUUGACAGAUAUUACUACACUAGAGUUAUCCUUGGGCAUGCUCUCUCGUGGGCCAGAGCUCCAGCUGCAUGUCUGAACUUUAACUGCAUGCUGAUCCUGCUACCUGUCUGCAGAAAUCUGCUCUCAUUCCUACGAGGAUCCAUACAGUGCUGUAGCCGAACUGCGGCUCGCCAGCUAGACAGAAACAUCACUUUUCAUAAACUCGUGGCCUACAUGAUUGCUUUUCAUACAGCGGUCCACAUCAUAGCUCACCUGUUUAACUUCGAGCGAUUCAUGGAUUCCCAGCUCAUGAUCAACGACAGCUAUCUGCCUUACGUUUUAUCUCGGAUUGGGAACAAUGACAACAGAUCUUACCUGAACCCCAUCAGAUCCAAUGAGACUAACCCAACAAUAGUGAUGUUUACAACAGCAGCAGGACUAACAGGGGUGGUCAUCACCUUGGCCCUCAUCCUCAUCAUCACUUCAUCUAUGGAGGUCAUCAGAAGGUCUUACUUUGAGGUGUUCUGGUUCACCCAUCACCUGUUCAUUGUCUUUUUCAUUGGUUUGGUGCUGCAUGGAAUUGGACGUAUUGUGCGAGGUCAGACUCUUGAGAGUAUGAACGUUCAUGACCCAAUCAAAUGUCACAGCUACUUUGAGACCUGGGGUAAAAAUGGCACCCACUGCCCCGAACCAGAGUUUGCUGGAAACCCUCCAAAGACGUGGAAGUGGGUGGUCGGCCCCAUGUUUCUGUACGUUUGCGAAAGACUGGUGCGGUUUUACCGCUCGCAACAGAAGGUGGUUAUUACUAAGGUAGUGAUGCACCCUUCAAAGACCCUUGAGCUGCAGAUGAAAAAGAAAGGCUUCAAAAUGGAGGUUGGUCAGUAUAUCUCCAUCCAGUGCCCAAAUAUCUCUCAUUUAGAGUGGCACCCCUUCACCCUGACCUCUGCCCCUGAGGAAGACCACUUUAGCGUGCACAUCCGAAUCGUAGGGGAUUGGACGCAAGCCCUCUACACGGCCUGUGGAGGCGACCAAAGUACGGUGUUGGAUGCCUGGACUUUACCAAAGAUGGCUGUGGAUGGUCCGUUCGGGACGGCCAGUGAAGAUGUAUUUCGUUAUGAGGUUGUAAUGCUGGUUGGUGCUGGGAUUGGAGUGACACCCUUCGCUUCCGUUCUGAAGUCUGUUUGGUACAAGCACGUCCAAGAAAACAAAAAUGUCUUCACAAAAAAGAUCUAUUUCUACUGGCUUUGUCCAGAGACACAGGCGUUUGAGUGGUUUACAGACCUGCUGCAAAGUUUGGAAAGACAAAUGUCGGAGAAAAACAUGAGCGAUUUCCUCAGUUGCAAUAUUUAUCUAACACGCUGGAAAGAAAAUGAUGCUGCCCAUCUCAGAGUUCAAUUUCAGGCGGAAGACGACCCCAUUACCGGUCUUAAGGAGAAGACUCGGUACGGUAAACCCAACUGGGACAAUGAAUUUAGCACCAUUGCAACCCAACAUCCAGGUUCAAAAGUAGGAGUGUUUCUCUGUGGUCCAGCUGCUUUGGGUAAGGCUCUGGCAAAGCAAUGCCAUGAACACACCGAAUGUGGAACCAAGUUUAUUUUCAACAAAGAAAACUUCUGAUCUGCUUCAGUAAUAGUCAGAAGCCAUGCACGAAUAUGGAUAUGUUUUCAUUUCAUUGACCUGGUUGUGUGCAUAUUGCAAAAACAAGUAACUGAUUUACAUUUACUUCUCAGAUGUAAUUUUUUAGUUAAGAUGUGAAAGUACCCUGGUUUCCAAACCUUCUUCCUCUUUCUCAAUUAUAAACUGAAUAAACCUUUUGAAAUACUA